AUGGCCGAUGAGAAACCCAAGGAAGGAGCCAAGACAGAGAACAAUGAUCAUAUUAAUUUGAAGGUGGUGGGACAGGAUGAUUCUGUGAUGCAGUUUAAAAUUAAGAGGCAUACACCACUUAGUAAACAAAUGAAAGUUUAUUGUGAUGCACAGUUGGAAAUGGAGAGUGAAGAUACAAUUGAUGUGUUCCAGCAACAGACAGGAGGUAUCUUCUAA